AUGAAUGCUAGAAAAAUUGAACUUAGCAAAGCGGUGGUAGAGACGGAGAGAAGAAGUGGACGAAAAGAAAAACUAAUGGAAAAACAGGAAACAGAAGAGAGAAAACAGAGAGAUACAGAAUAUGCAACAGAGGACGUUGGUUCUGAAUCUGUGCCUGAAUCUGAGCCUGAAUCUGAGUCUGAAUCUGAGUCUGAAUCUGAGUCUGAGUCAGAGCCUGAGUCAGAGCCUGAGUCUGAAUCUGAAUCCGAGUCUGAAUCUGAGUCUGAAUCUGAGUCUGAAUGUAGUGAAUCUGAGUCGGAAUCUUGGUCUGAAUCUGAGUCUGAAUGUGAGACUGAAUGUGAAUCUGAAUCUGAGUCUGAAUGUGAGUCUGAAUCUAAAUCUGAUGAAUCUGCGUCUUAAUCUGAAUAUGAGCUUGAAUCGGAGUCUGAAUCUGAGUCUGAAUCUGUGCCUGAAUCUGAGUCUGAAUCUGAAUCGAAGUCUAAAUCUGAGUCUGAAUCUGGUUCUGAAUCUUGGUCUGAAUCUGAACCUAAAUCUGAGUCUGAAUCUGAGUCUGUGUCUAAGUCAGAAUCUGAGUCUGAAUCUGGUUCUGAAUCUUCUGAAUCUGGUUUUGAAUCUUGGUCUGAAUCUGAGUCUAAUUCUGACUCUAAAUCUGUGUCUACAUCUGAGUCUGAAGCUGAGUGUCAAUCUCAGACUCAAUCUGGGCCUGAAUCGGAGCCUAAAUCUGAGUCUGAACCUGAGUCUCUGAAUAUGCUAUAUGCGAUAAUCGACUUCGAAUGCAUUAUUUAUAAUCAUGCAAUUUUUGACAAUUUAAGCUCGACGGGACCUUCAAAGUUAGAGUGA